UGCCUAAAUUUGUGUUUAUCAGCGGGUGUGAGUUGUGUUUUUUCAGUGUUUGUUAGUGUUCGUGUGUUAGGGAUCUGUGAUUGAUUCCUGCGCGUGGGAAUUCCCUCCACCCACGCGUGAGGAUGAGCAGAGCAGGCUCAGACCAGGAGAAGGGGCUUGCCGGGCAGGGGCUCCCAGCUACCAAGGGUCGGAGGCAGAGUCUUCCAGAAUCUCUACGCCCUCUGGAAAGAACCCUCAGGGAGAAGAGAAUGACUUCUGGGCUCCUGGUAGCCCACUUUCAGGAGUCAGUGACAUUUAAGGAUGUGGCAGUGGACUUCACCUGGGAGGAAUGGAAGCAGCUGAACCCAGCUCAGAGGGACCUGUACUGGGAUGUGAUGAUGGAGAACUAUAAGAAUCUGGUCUCCCUGGGACUUCCAGUUUUUCAACCAGAUUUGAUCUCCCAGUUGGAGAAAAGAGAAGUCCCCUGGAUACCAGAGGGAGAAGUGUUGAGAGGCGCCAGCCCAGAGUCCCUUAAUCAGGAAACGAUGUGUAAAAUCACAAAGACCACCCUAAAGCAAGACAUUUUUGUGGAGGAGUCAUCCAAGAAAAGAUUUGCAAGCCAUGAUCCAUGGGAUUCCAAGUUGGGAGAAGACUGGAAAUGUCAUGUCAGGUGGGGGAGGCAAAAGGACAGCCAGGAGAAAAAAUACAGACAAGUGACAGUCACUCAGGAAUGCCAGAUGUUUUCAAGAAGUUUGAGACUGGGGUCAGUCUCUUUUGUACAACAGAUGAAUGCCACCAGGAAAAUUCUCCAUAGAUAUGGUACACGUGGUAAAUGCUUCAGACCAAUUUCAGACUUGGUGAAGUAUAAUGGAAUCUCCUCAGGUAAGAAGCCUUACAAGUAUAAUAAAGGCAAGAUCUCUUUUGAUUCAGACCUUAUUCAAUAUCAUAGAAAACAUAAUGGAAAGAAACAUGUGUGUAAUGAGUGUGAAAAAGCCUUCAGCCAUAGGGGAUAUCUUGCUGAACAUAAGAGGAUUCAUACAGGAGAGACACCUUUUAAAUGUAAUAAAUGUGGGAAAACGUUUAGCAGCAGCUCAUCACUCAAGAAACACCAGAGAAUUCACACUGAAGAGAAAUCAUAUGAAUGUAAUGAAUGUGGGAAAGCCUUCAUUAACAGUUCAUCACUUAAGAAACACCAGAGAAUUCACACUGGAGAGAAACCAUAUCAAUGUAAUGAAUGUGGAAAAGCUUUCAGUCAUGGGGGCUAUCUUACUGAACAUAAGAGGAUUCAUACAGGAGAGAAACCUUUUGAAUGUAAUGAAUGUGGGAAAGCCUUUAGCAAUAGCUCCUCACUCAGGAAGCAUCAGAAAAUUCAUACUGGAGAGAAACCAUAUGAGUGUAAAGAAUGUAGGAAAGCCUUCAGCAGCAGCUCAUCUUUUAAGAAACAUUGGCGACUUCAUUCUGGAGAAAAACAAUAUGAGUGUAAUGAAUGUAGGAAAGCCUUUAGCAACAGUUCAUCUCUUAUAAAGCACCAGAGAAUUCACACUGGAGAGAAACCCUUUGUGUGCAAUGAGUGUGGAAAAGCCUUCAUACAGAGAGGAAACCUUACUGAACACCAGAGAGUUCACACUGGAGAGAAACCCUUUAAAUGUAAUGAAUGUGGUAAAGCCUUUAGCCAAAAGGGAAACCUUACUGAACAUAAGAAGAUUCACACAGGAGAGAAACCCUUUAAAUGUAAUGAAUGUGGGAAAGCCUUUGUCAACAACUCAUGCCUUAUAAAACACCAGAGAAUUCAUACUGGAGAGAGACCGUAUAAGUGUAAGGAAUGCGAGAAGGCUUUCAACAACAGCUCAUCCCUUAUGAAGCACUGGAGGAUUCACACUGGAGAGAAACCAUAUGAAUGUAACAAAUGUGGGAAAGCCUUCAUUAACAGCUCAUCUCUCCUAAGGCACCAGAGAGUUCACACUGGAGAGAAACCAUAUGAAUGUACUGAAUGUAGGAAAGCAUUCACCAACAAUUCAUCCCUUAUGAGGCAUCAAAGGAUUCAUACUGGAGAGAAACCCUUUGAAUGUAACGAAUGCGGAAAAGCCUUCAGCCAUAAAGGGUAUCUCACUGAACAUAAGAUGAUCCAUACAGGAGAAAAACCCUUUGAAUGUAAUGAAUGUGAAAAAGCCUUUAGCAAAAGCUCAUCCCUUAGGAAACAUCAGAGAAUUCAUACUGGAGAGAAACCCUUUGAAUGUAAUAAAUGUGGGAAAGCCUUCAGCAAAAAUUCAUCACUUAAGAAACAUCAGAGAAUUCAUUUAGGAGAGAAAAUCCUUCAGUGUAUUUAAUGUAGAAAAUAUUUCAGCCAGAGGAACAUUUCACUAAACAUCAGGGAAUUCAUAAGGGAGGAAAACCUUAUGAAUGUAAUUACCACAUACAAAACCUUUCAGAUCUAGUUCAUUCCUCUUCACACUUUAUGAAUGUCAUGUCAGAAAUUAAUUUUGGGUAUAUAAUAAUAUGGGAGAAGUUCUAUUUAUUUAUUUUUAUUUUUUUUAGUAAGGCAAUUGGGGUUAAGUGACUUGCCCAGGGUCACACAGCUAGUAAGUGUUAGGUGUCUGAGGCCGGAUUUGAACUCAGGUCGUCCGGAAUCCAGGGCCAGUGCUCUAUCCACUGCAUCACCUAGCUGCCCCAAGAAGUUCUAUUUAGACCUGUCACUUAUUAAAUGCUAGAAAGUUAAGAUAUUAAGAAUUCCAUCUGAAUAUAAUGAUUCAAGACAAUCCAAUACAGUGAUCCAAGACAAUCCCAAAGGACUAUUGAUGAAACAUACUAUCCACCUCCAAAGAAAGAACUGAUAUUGAUGGAACAGACUGA